GACUAUACGAAUCGCUUGCGUAGUCGAUCGUGUGCUGGUGACAGUCUGCCAUAGGUACAGGGAAGAUGUUGGGAAUGGCAAGUAAAGGACUCUGUAUUUAUAAAUGUUUACAGAACACCAAACUUCAACAGACAUCUGCAUUUAUAAAUAUCCAAUACAGAGUUAUCAGGGUGCUAUCAGGAAGUUGUCAGCUAUACAAUAAUUCCAACAGUUUUAAGCAUGCAUUUUCCUGGCCCCCCUCUCUGAUGCGAAGUCAGCCAGGACACCCAGGAACAUGCUGGAGGACUGGGGUAUCAGUGAAGUUUAUUAACCCACGGCCUGAUAAAACGUGGAUCCAGAGUAUUCACUGCACAUGUACAAGAAACAUAGAAAAUACAGCAAAUGCAAGCUUGAUAGAUGAAGCUACUUAUGAAGGACUUGCAGAGGAAACCCUUGAUGCAUUAGCAGAAUACUUUGAAGAUCUCACAGAGCAGCCUUUUACUUCUGCAGAGUAUGAUGUUACAUUUGUGAGUGGGGUACUUACAAUAAAAAUCGGAGGAGACCAUGGAAUAUAUGUGCUAAACAAGCAGACACCGAAUAAACAAAUAUGGCUGUCCUCUCCAACCAGCGGGCCGAAACGUUAUGACUGGACGGGCAGGAACUGGGUGUAUUCACAUGAUGGAAAGAGUUUACAUGACCUUCUUACAAAAGAAUUCUCUGUGAUUUUUAAUACCAAGAUAGACUUGUCUAGUUUGAUGCAUUCUGGACUGGAAAACACCAAUUGAAACUUCAACAACAAACAAAGUGUAAGUCAUGGCACUUCUACAGUUAAACACGUAUCUGUAAUAAUGUGAAGCUUGAUACAAGUUUACCUAAUAGAAUUGUGCUGCUGAUGCCAUGAACACUUCUAAAGGAAUUUGAAAGAUUAUGUAUAUAUCUCUUUUCAUUAUUAGUUUAUUAUGUUUGUUGGUUUGUGGUCAGAUAAUGUUCUUGUUCUUUUCUUGUUAUCCAUUUAGCAUUUUUAAACGAUAUUGUAUCCCUAGUUCUGUUAAUCAUUGUACAUACUAAUAUUUUCAAAUAAUAACUUUAUUGCAUAAUAAAUUAUGCAAUAAACAGGAUACUAGUUGAUUUCCUUUAUGCAAAAAAUCAUUUCAUUUAAGCCUCUUACCAUUUAAUUAAAACUGGCCCAAUUUACUGGACCUUUUACAGUAUGUGCUAUAAAUUAAACGUCCACACUGACACAUAAAGGGAAGAUUGAGGAUUUAAUAAAUCAAUCAGGGUUGAGGUUAACUUUGUAAAUCCUUAAUCCAUGUUUUAAGUGA